AUGACGGUUUACAUGGGAAUUGAAUUCACGACGCUGCUCCGCCACCUGGCCUGGCUACGAGCGCGGAAGGUGUUUUGCGUUGCAGUGGAGCCGCUGACGGUGCGCCUGCUGGACGAGAACCGGCCGCUGAGCGCGGGCCGGCAGUACGAGCUUCGCUGCGAGACCGCCGGCUCGCGGCCCGCCGCCACCGUCACCUGGUGGAAGGACGGCGAGCAGCUGCCCGCCACGAGAAACACUACGAACGCGGACGGCAACGUGACGACCAGCGUGGCGCAGGUGACGCCGGCGCUGGGGGACGCGGGCCGCCAGCUGUGCUGCCACGCCGCCAACGCCAGAGUGCAGGGCGGCGCCGUCAGCGACUGCUGGACGCUGCACGUCCGCUACAGCCCCGUCGUGUCUCUGGAGCUGGGCAGCAACAUCAACGGCAGCGCCAUCCGCGAAGGCGUCGACGUUUACUUCGAAUGCAACGUGCGCGCCGACCCCUGGAUACACAAGGUCAUCUGGAGGCACAACGGUCGCCUACUGCACAACAACGUGAGCGCGGGCACGCUGCUGAGCAACCAGACGCUCGUGCUGCAGGCGGUGACGCGGAACAGCUCCGGCCUCUACACCUGCGUCGCCAGCAACAGCGAGGGCGACACCGAGAGCAACGCCUUCAACCUCGACGUCAAGUUCGCGCCGGAGUGCCGGCCGGGCCAGCAGCUGGUGUGGGGGGCGGCUCGUCGCGAGGUGCUGCAGGUGCCGUGCGAAGUGGAGGCGCGCCCGCCGGCCCGCCUCUUCCGCUGGGCCUUCAACAGCAGCGCCGCCGCCUCCGAGACGCGCCCGCUGGACGCUGGCGUGACGGCUGCGGCGCCGGGCCGCUCCGUGCUGCAGUACCAGCCCAUGGGCGAGCGCGACUACGGCACGCUGCUCUGCUGGGGCCGCAACGAGCUGGGCGCACAGGCCGUGCCCUGCGUCUUCCAUAUCGUGCCCGCCGGGCGGCCGGACGCGCCGCACAGCUGCGAGGUGAGCGGCCGCGGCGCGACUACGCUGCGCGUGACGUGCGCGCGCGGCAGCGACGGCGGGCUGCCGCAGCAGUUCACGCUGGAGCUGGCGGAUGCGGAGCGCCGGCUGGUGGCGAACGUGACGAGCCGCGGCCGGCCCGACUUCCUGCUGGAGGGCCUGCAGCCGGGCGCGCGCUACACGGCGCUCGUGUACAGCAGCAACGGCAAGGGCCGCAGCCAGGGCAGCGCCGCCGCCUCUUAUUACACGACAACUUUAAAUGCAAUGGAACUGAAUUUAGCACGUAUAUGA